AUGCCUCGGAUCAAGACUGUGCAUUCGAAGGUUACAAAGGCUCCACGUCGUUCUUUUGAGAAGGAGCGUCUCGACCAGGCUAUCACUGCUCUUCUUCGCCGUCUUGUACGUAUUGGAGUGCUUCCUGAGGAUCGAAUGAAGCUCGAUUACAUUCUCGGUCUUCGUGUGGAAGAUUUCCUCGAGAGACGUUUGCAGACGCAGAGAGAUGGUUUUGGUGAUAUGGUACGAAAUCGAUCCCAAGAAUCACUAGCCGUUGAAGAAGCCGAACAUGCCAGUCAACGAGUACUGGCUGAAUACUCGCGUGGAGUUGUGCAAGAUAUCUCACGCUUGUCUCAACAAAGCAGUCGUGCCAGUGGAAAGCAAAUCAGUGGCCUGGCUCGUGCCGUGGAUAUGCUAUCACAAAAAUGCAAGAAGAGCAUUGAGUUGAUUCGAUCUCAAAACAAAGGAUGCCUGCUUUCAGAUGCAUUUGAUGCUGUGCAAAGAUACCUGGAGCAGUACUCACUAGAAGACGGGCACCAUUCACCAGUUCCUGACUUCCAAGAUGAUGCAUCUGACAUCCACUCAACGGUAACGAGCUCGUCAUUUUCCACUCACAGCAUUCGUAGUCAUCAACGCACAUCCAGAAGCCCGCUUUCUACGAGUUCGCGAAAAACUGCCACCGCACGACCUAAUAACAGCAAAUGA